ACAUCUCACAUUUGCUGUAAUGCUGGACUCGAAGGCAAAGGACCUGUGCCGGAUCUGUGCCCGGGAGCUGUGUGGUAACCAGCGUAGAUGGAUCUUUCAUCCAACAGCCAAGCUCAGCCUGCAGGUGCUGCUGUCCCACGCGUUGGGCAGGGAGCUAAGCCGGGAUGGGCGCAGAGAGUUCGUCUGCAGCAAGUGCACCUUCAUGCUGGACCGCAUGUAUCGCUUCGACACCGUGAUCGCCCGUGUGGAGGCUCUCUCCAUCGAGCGCAUGCAGAAGCUACUACUCGAGAAGGACAGGCUUCGGCAAUGCAUAUGUGGACUGUAUCGCAAAAACAACACAGAUGAAUUGGAUUCUGAAAUGGUCAGAUCCUCUACGGAAGCUUCAGUUGUGGACACACUAGCCUUGACUGAUACUAAGUACGGUUCUAUGUUAGAGGAAAACCUGACAUACUCUAUGUACGAGUCCUGGGCUGACUUUGACUCUCAGGAACAUUCUCCAGAUCACUACCGGUGCCACACUGGGUUGGAUGGCAGCUCAGGACAGCGCUGCAGGAAGUGCAAAGGAUGUGCCGCGUUGCGAGUUGCCGACUCUGACUAUGAAGCCGUAUGCAAGGUGCCCAGAAAAGUAGGCAGAAGCACAUCUUGUGGACCCUCAACUCGCUAUUCUGCUAGCAAUCUAGAAAGCUUAGAAGAAACUUGUUCUGUGUCAGAAUGUCAGAAGCCAGACCCUCAGUCGUCUAGCGUGACAAAACUCGAGGAAGAAAACAGCAGUCUCAGUCCGGCAACAUCGGUGGAGUCACUGGACACUGCAGUUGAUCUUAGUCAGCCUUGUUAUGUAGUCCAUCCAGACCUCAUGCAGGGACAAAUAAAAGAGGAGGACAAGGUCACUCUAGGUAUAGAACAGAAUUUGAAAACAUGCUGUGAGAAUGGAUUGGAGCUGGCACUUACCUUGGUCAAAAGCUUUGAGUGUCAUCCAGUCCGGGUCCCCAGAGGCUGCCGGCUGCCUGUACCUGUCAAGAGAUUGCAACAGAUUUCUCAAGGAGGGACAGAGAGUUCUUUCUCUUUCCAACCUGUCAAUAUGGUCACGUUCAGCAUCCAGCAGAAACUGCAUUUGGACCUGGCUGACAUGGAGGCUUUUUGGAUGGAAGACUAUGUGCCAUGUGGGCCUCUAGGCCUCCAGGAGAAGCUUAUCGGGGAGCAGCAGGCUCAACUGGUGCAGUAUGAAAAUGCAGCUGGUCAGUGUGUAACUGAACUGCAGAGGACCCAGCAACAGGUGCAGUCUCUCCAGAACAAGAUCCGAGAGAGUGAAGCCAACUGCAAGAAGCUGCAGCAGAGACUUGAGGAGAGGGAAUGUGAGCUACUGUCUGUUCGAGAGGCAGCGCAGGAACAACAGAGAACUAUCCAGUCCCUAAGUGAUUCUCUCAAAACCAGGGACAAUGAGGUUGCUGAUUUGCAGCAAUGCAUUAAGGAGCAGAAGGAGCUUUUGAUCUCUUUGAAGCAGCAGAACCAGCGACAUGAGCUGCAACAGCGUAAUAUGUCCGGAGCAGUACCAGGCCAGCUGCAGGCGGAGCUCCUCCAGCUACAGGUUUCUUUAUUUUCCACCCAGUUGGAGCUGCAGAGUAUCCAACGAGCUCAGUGUCAGGCACAGAGGCGCGAGGAAGAAGCAGUCUAUGCCAAGCAGCGUCUUCUUGCUGACCUCCAAAGCAUUCAACAUGAUCGCCAGGAAACUCAUAAACACAACCAGGACCUGCAGGCUGCUCUGCAGAAAGCACAUGCAGACCUGGAGCAAAUAGAGGAGAGGUUAAAUGAGGGAGUGGAGGAGAAGGAAAGAGAGAUGGAGGAAAGAGAAAGAACCAUCAGGGAGUUGAAGACCUCAUUAGAACAUAAAGAGAAUCUGCUGCACGACUACACCCAACUGUUGGAUGAACAGAAAGAUUCAGCCGGAAACAGAGACAUCCUCAUUCACAAACUCAAGCUGCGCAUUCGGGAGAGAGACCGAGCGCUGGAGUGCGGGGUGGAUGAGAGAUUUAUUUGUAUGGAGCAAAAGGAGGCAGAAGUCCGCAAGCUACAGCUGCUUCUCCGUGAGAAGGAGAGAGACCUGCAGAAACUACGCUGUGUGCUCUCCAACAAUGAGGAGACCAUUACGAGUUUGGAGGUGCUGGUUCGUGGUAAAGCUCUAGAGCUGGAGCAGGUGAAUGACGCCUGGAGAGGCAGCCAGCAAGUUCAGCGUGAAUGUGAGAACAGAAACAACCGCAGCCUGAGAGAGAGAGACACACUCAUCAGCCAGCUCCAAAAUGCCCUGCACGCUCGUACCAAAGAGACUGAGGAGCUAAAGGCAGCUCUCCUCAGCAAAGUGUCGUUGGGUUCCGGUGAUGUUGUGAAGAUGCUCAAGACUCAGCUGCAGCUAAAGGAACGACUGUUUCAGGAGCUGUUGGCUGAGCAUAGCCACCAGGCCCAAGACUACAGCACACACAUCCAGGAGCUGCUCAAUGACAUCCGCACCAGAGAGCAGUACAUCAAGGAUUCCGCAGAACGCACAGGUCAUGUGAUGGAAGAGCAGGUUGCUCGUCUGCGGGAGCUGCGCAGGCAGGUUGUGUCAGGAAGAGGCAUAUCACAGAACACAUCAGAACUUCCUGAAGAUGCCCAGUGCCUCCAAGAGGAACUUCGACUGGUGCUUUCCAGAGAAAAAGAGGCUCAAAGAGAGCUGUCUGUUCUGCGCUGCACACUAGCCAGAAUCCAGGAGCAACUGAACCAUAAGGCCAGCCAGGAGUGUUUGGCAUCAGAGGAGAUGGAGCAGACAGCCAGCUCUCAGGCUGAUACUGGAGACUCCACCACAGAUGAGGACCUGGAGAAGGAUGACAGCAGUAGUGAAAUAGCUGAGAGCACAGAGGAAGAUGAGCACUGCAGAGGAACAGCACAGGCUCUGGUUAAUACCCAGCCUGUAGGACCCACGCUAUCCCAGAAUCUACCAGCUGUAGAGCAUCAGGGCCUGGCUGAAGUGAAGCUGCUGGUGGAGCAGAAGCUGGCAGUAGAGCGGGAACUGUCGGAGCUAAAGGCCCAGCUGGAGAAAGCUGGAUUCUUCUCCAUCUGUCAGAUGAGGAAAGCAUUGUUCAGUCUGCGCUCUGAGAAUGAGGAGCUGAAAAUCUCGUUAAGAGCAAAAGAAGAUGAUGGACUCAAAGAGGGAGAACAGGAGGAAAAAUGGCCUCCUGGUGAGAAUUCUGUGAUGCCUACGGGAAAACGGAGCACUGGUGCACAGCAUCAAGCCUAUAUUAGACCACUUUCUUCAGACUUAGAAUCACUGCUGUCCCACCCCACACAGCUGGACCUCAAGAAAGUGCCAGAGAUCCAAAAGCUGCAGGAAGGAACUAAGCCAUCCAAUAAAGCUGUACAGAUCCAGGCAGAGCCACUCAGGCACUGCACACAGGUGCAAACAGUGCAGCAGAGCAGUAAGCAGGUGCAGGUAGAUCUGCAGGAUUUGGGUUACGAGACCUGUGGCCGCAGUGAAAAUGAGGCAGACAGAGAUGAAACCAGCAGUCCAGAAUUUGAUGAUCUGGAGCUGUGCACGUCUCUCUCAUGCCGAGAUGGUCCCGCUCAGUGGUGGUCAGGACUGGGCAUGAUGAACCACACAGGAGGAGAUGUGAUGUUGCUGCAGCAGCAGGUGGAGGAUCUGCAAAAACAGCUGUCUCGUUCUCAGGCCUUGGUGCAGGGUCUUCAGUCCCGUGUUCAGGAUGCCACACCAGUCUCCUCUCCUCAAAGAUUAAACCAGCCCAACAAGGAUCUGCAGGAGCUGGUGACUCGGGUGUCCUCUCUGGAGGAUCAGCUGAGGAGAGGCAAAGGUCAUGCAGAAGAGACCAAAAACAUUACCUCAACUGGUAGUUUAGACACACUGAUCCAGGCUCAAGCUCGGGAGCUCUCUCACUUGAGGCAGAGGAUGCGCGAGGGGCGAAGCGUGUGUCAUGUCCUGACGCAGCACCUUGGAGACACAACUAAAGCUUUUGAGGAGCUGCUGCGUGCCAAUGACAUCGACUACUACAUGGGUGAGAGCUUCAGAGAUCAGCUUGCUCAGAGCUCAUCCCUGGCCCAGAGAGUGGCAGCCAAGAUCAGCAGCCGAGAUUACUCUGAAGUUCCAGAUGACAAAACUGGUCAUGAACUUCUAGCGAUCCGGUUAAGCAAGGAACUCCAGCAGAAGGACAAGCUCAUAGAGUCACUGCGCUCCAAACUUGAGCAACAGCAGCCCCGCUCGGAUACACCUGCCAGCAGCCAUGUUCUUUCAGAAGCUUCAGACCAGUCAGACCAUACAUCUUUUGUGAGGGAUGAACAGGAUUAUACAAAUGAAGACCUGGAUUUGUGCUCAGAACUGGACACUGCCAGUGAUUUUGGCCAAGAGGAAGCAGCCGACAAAAGCAAUGCUGAUUCUUACUGUAAUCAGAGCCCCAAACCAAAACAGCCAUCCAGCCUGCCAUCCCUCACUUCUUCUCAUAGCCAGAAGUCCUCUAGCAGCUAUGCCAGCAUGCACUGCACCCCUCACAGGCCAAUGGAUGCGCAGCCAGGGCUCAGUUCUGCCCAAAUUUCUCAGACACCUCAAUGGCCUUCCAAACAGACGACUUUUCUUCCAUUUGACCCUCAUACACAACACCUAAGACCCCGUUAUAAUACCGCAGGGAGUUUCUCUCUGGCCGAGGUGCACCAGGAGCUACAGAUGCUGCAGAGGCAGCUCGGAAACACCUUUGUUGGUGCUCAGGUCAAACCCUUGUCCGGUUUUCAACUGACAGCCAGCCCACAGACUAACUUCACUGACUUGCACCUGCUAUCCCAUCAAGCCUUUCAGCAGUCUUCACUUGCUAGUCUCAAUGCCAGCCCUGUUCUAAAGCCAGGCACCAGCCUUUUGGAUAACAGUGCAUUGUGGAGUAUGACACAUGGUUCCCGGCCGAAGAGGGAAGGCGCUUGUGGGGAUAUUUCUUCAAACUCGUCAGGGUAUCAGUCUGGUGCACGUCACACAGGAACAGAUUUGUUGGAGGAGCACCUGAAUGAGAUUCGCAGUCUUCAUCGGCGGCUAGAGGAUUCCAUCCAGACCAACGAUUGUCUAAGACGGCAGCUGGAAGAGAGACUGGGCUACAUGACCAAUGAUGGAGUAGCUGCUCCAACAAACAUCUACUUUCAAGGCGUGGACUCCAUCAGCCAUCUGUCUAAUGAGGUGCGAAUUCUGAAAGAGGAAAAGAAUGCUCUUCAGAUUCAGCUUCAGCAAGCCACCAGAGAUGGUAUGCAGUUGCGGGAUGCAGUCCUGUUAGAGCGCAGCAGACUGAAACAGGCGGAACUGGAGGCUGAGAAGUGGGCAGGACAGUUUAGGCAACUGCAAACGGAGAUGCGAGAGCAUGUGCAGGCAGCUGUACAGCUUAAGCAGGACAAGCAAAUUAGCCAGGAAAACACCAACAGGCUUCAACAUGAGGUUAAUGUACUUCAGCAGCAGUUGAGUGAGAGCAGACGUCUUGUAAGUAGGCUACAGUGUGAACUGCAGACACACCAGAGACUGUAUGAUGCUCCCAAGAGUGUGAAUACAGGGUCAGACCUGCAGUCUAACAUGUGCUUGCUUGAGCAGCAGCUAAGUGAACGGCUGGAUCAUGACACAUCCCAUUCAACAGCCAGGAAACGACUUUUCCAUGACUCAUCUAACUCUCCCCCUGUCCGAGACUCAGAAUUCUUCAGUCCAGGCAUAACUGGCUCUUUCAAGAAAGAUAAGCUUCAUUUUUCUGUAAAUGAAUUAACCAAACCUGACACAGGAAGUCGGGAAAAUGAAGUCCCUGAUGGCUCAUUCACCUGUAAGACAGGGGAUCACGUGGUGGGCCGCUGGGAUGACUUCAGCACCCUGCAGAGGCAACUUCUAGAGGGCAGAGUCCUCACCUAUAAGAUGGAAGCUGCACUGCAGUCCAGCAUGAUCAACCUGCAUGAGGGUUGUAUCAGGAACUUGCUGAUCAGCAAUGAGGCCUUAAAGCAGAUUUUGGAAGAGACCAGUUCUAUCCUCAAAACGUUUUGGAGGGCAGCUCUCCCUUCUUCUAAGUCUACAGCCCAACAGCUACAAAAGGAACAAACUUUGAAGCAAGAAGUCGUCUCUCUGAAGCACAAACAUACUGAACAGGAACAGACUUUACGGGAUACAGUGGAGACGCUAAAAGACUCCAACCGCACCAAAGACAGCAUGGAACAAUUUAUUUUCAGUCAACUGUCGCAAACACGAGACAUACUAAAAAAAGCUCGUACAAACCUAGAGAAGAACGAGCUUAGGAUCUCCUCUUUAAGCUGUUCCUUUUCUCCUCAAUCUCCCCAGUCUUUCUCCUCCACUUCUCCCUGGGCUGCUAGAGGUAAAUUCACAAAAGACCUUGACUCCUCACGUGGACAAAGUGUCAUGAGCUCUCCUGCUCAUGGUUACGCCAAGGGUAUCUGUGGCCCAUGGGCAGCACAGCCUUUUGGCCCUCUACAGAUGUUCUCAGGUGGUGCAGCCUCAGCACUCAGCACUGCUGUGCCUUCUUUGUGCUAGAAGAUCUCCCAGUUCUGUUAUUGGGAUCCCAGUGCACCAGCAUUCAAAGCUUUAAAAAUGCCAGCUGCUGUUUAGCUCAGGUAUCAUAUGCAGGUUAUGUCGCUAUUGCUGAAUUUCAGUUUGUAGAUAUCAGGUCGUGUCUCCUUCAGAGGUACACUAUAUGGCCAAAAGUAUUUGGACACCUGACCAUUAGUGUGUUGGACAUCCCAUUUCAAAAACAAAUGGUACUAAAAUAGAGUGACCUCUAUGUGAUCUUUUGAGCUUUAACAACAGCCACUCUUUUGAGAAGGCUUCUCACAAGACCUUGAAGCAUGUCUGUGAGAAUUUGUGCCCAAUAACUCAGAAGAGCUUUUGUAUGGCUGGGCACUGAUGUUGGUCAAGAAAGUCUCAAAUUAUGUUCCAGUUCAUUCCAGAGCUGUUCAGUGGGGCUGAGGUCAAAGUGUGCAGGUCACUGGACUUUAAACCAAGCUUUUCUUCAUGUCUGUAUAGACCUUGUGUUGUUGGGCACACUAAUGAUGGAACAGGAAAGGGCUAUCUCUAAACUGUUGCUGCAAAUUUGGAAGCAUAUAAUAUCCUUUGUAAAACUGUUUAAUUAAUCCUGUUAGCAAUGCAGCUGACCGACCUGUUUGCUGCUGAAGCUGAAACACAUGAAUUCAUUUAUUAGAAGGGGUGUCCCUAUACUUUGGUCUAUAUAGUGUAUCUUCACCCAUAAUCAAGUGGUGGAGGAAGAGGGUACGCAUCUGUAUUUGUGUUCAGCUUUUGUAGAAAAGCCAUGAAACAACUAAUGUUAACGUUAAUGCCUCCAUCAGUGUUUCCCACACCAGUCCUCAGAGCUCCCAACACACCUGAUUAUUACUCAGACGGACUGUAUUUCUAGUGAAUAAAUUCCAGGGUCCAAACGUACUGUGUAAAGUUUUGCCUUUUCUCUCUGUUUACCCAGCGUCCCAAAAGCAUGACAUGCCCUCUGAUUUGUAAUAGUCAUAGGGUGUAUUCUUACCCUGCACCCUGUGUUUUCAGGACAUGCUACAGAUUUGCCACCACCCUGUCAAAAAUAAACUAGUUUUUGUAAUGAAUAAAAUGAAAAGGUGGCACAAUGGUGUAGCAGAGUGUUUGGGGGCCCUACAGGACCAGGGGUUCAAACCGUACCUUCAAUCACAGGCACGUUCUCAACUUAAAUGAAAUAAUUGGGGGGUAUUUAUUUGUCUGAGAUUAACAUUAGUUGAUUGGCAGAUUUGAUCCUUCUAAACCUUGACCCAGAAUGUAUGUUCAGGGCAACUGGGGCAGUAAAACACACUAGCCCAUUACUGCUGAGACCCGGGGUUCGAAUCUCAGCUGUGCUAUUAGUUAGUCAGGUGUCUACACAGAUGUGACUGGCUAUGUCAGGGGAGAAAAGGGUUGGCUAAACAGCCAUCGGAAAGGGCAUAAAGAUCAAAUCAGCCAUGCAGACCAGAGUGACCCCUAAAUACAGGAGCAGUGAAUAAUGAAGAAUGUGAUCACACACAUGUACAUAUGAGCUGGCUUUAGAUGGACUGACAAACCUUCUAUGUCUUCACUGCAGUGGGACUCAUGUUCCUAUGAUAUAUACAGUAAUCGUCCUCUACCAGAUUUUGGUUGUUUUUGAUAAGUGUGUUGGCAGUUGUGUUAGGGGUAUGAAGAUGGUGUUUGGGAAACACUGAGAUGGAGUUAUGCAUUUACAUUAUUUAAUAGAGUUGAAGCACAAAAAUAAACAAUAAUCUAAUAUUUAUUUUAAGUUUAGGUUUAGGAGGAACUAGCAAUACUGAGCAUGUGCAAAAACAUACUACUGAUAAUAAUGCCAAGCUGUUGCACUGCAGCUAUAAAAUGGGAAAUUGUGCAAGCUAUUAUAUAGACAUAAUAAAUAACACCAAUGAUGCUGCUUACUUUUAAACACUGUAACUCUAAAAAGACAAAUCUGCUGUUUCUUUACAGCUCACAUCUGUAUUUCUGCCAAAGUUUGAUCCUUUAGUUUUUGUUCUUUUAAUGUUUUGGUGCUCAUUUUAACGUCAGUAUUGGAAAAUAACGGGAAAAUAUUUGUAAACCUUUUUUUUUUAAGUUGGUCCAAAACAGCAUUGAUGAUGUAUAACUAAUUGUAAUUGUUAUUGGUAUCUUAUGUUAAUGGACCCUUUUUUGUUCUUUUUUUACCCAGUAAAAUGCACACAAAUUCAAUAAAAGUAUAAUCUGAUUGCAAAAAUGAGAAAACACAGGAGGGCUGUUUACUCCUGCGCAAGACAAUCAAUCAAAAUAGUUGUAAUUAUUGUUUCUGUGGAAUGUUGAAUGUGAGAGGUUUUGAUCUGCUGUUUGAUAUUCAUUAAACUUGCUGUUGACUAAA